AUGAAAGCCAAACGCUUCUUUCAACCGAUUGUUGACAAUUUGAACCAGUUGCAAGUUAAAGGACUUAUCAUUAAUGGUUAUCAACUUAAGUUUUCAUUUUCUACGCUGGUUGCCGACAAUUUAGCUGCACAUAUGAUUGGUGGAUUUCAGUCCAGCUUUAGUAGUGGAUAUUUUUGUCGAAGAUGCUACAUAAAAUAUGUUGAUAGAAAUUUACCUAUUUUACUGAACAAAGCCCUUUGCAGAACAAGUAUUGAUCAUGAUGAUCUUAUUGAGCAAAUUAUUCUUACUCCUUUUAAAUCACCGUUGAUGGGUAUCAUUGGACAAAGUCCUAUUCAAGAUUUAAUUGGUUUUCAUCCAGUCAUGUCACUUCCUGCAGAUCUUAUGCACGAUUACAUAGAGGGUGUUUGUCCUUUGGUAAUGAUGAUAUUACUUAAACAAGCAUCAUCUAUGCGUCUUAUAACUUACGGUGAGAUAUAA